AUGCCUGACCCACCUCAUAUGCUGCCCUGUGAGAUCAUUGGCUACCUUCAAGCAAAGGUGGGAAACACUCCUUGCCGAAUGAUGGGAGAACCUAAGCACCCUCUGCUUUUCAAGGAUGGAGACGUAACUAUUGGGGCACUUUUUCCAGUACACAGCAUAGAGACAUUAUCUUCAUUCAAGUUUACACAAAAACCUCAGUUUCUAUCAUGCUCCAGUGUGAAUCUGAGAGAUUUCCGGCUAGCUCAAAUCAUGAUUUUUGCCAUUGAAGAGAUUAACAGAAGUGAAAGUUUGCUCCCAAAUGUUUCUAUUGGCUACAGAAUUUAUGAUACCUGUAGUUCAAGAAUGUCUUCUAUGAGUGCAACUGUCGGACUGAUGAAUGGUCUAGAGAUUGAAGCAGGGGACACAUGCAGUGGACAGUCUCCUAUACAUGCUAUCAUAGGAGAAACAGAGUCUUCUGCCACCGUGAUUUUGUCCAGAACUACAGGACCUUUUAAAAUUCCAAUAAGUCAUGCGGCCUCCUGUGAGUGUCUUAGUAAUAGAAAAGACUACCCCUCAUUCUUCAGGACUAUUUCUAGUGAUUACCACCAAGGCAGAGCACUUGCAUACAUAGUCAAGCACUUAGGCUGGUCUUGGGUGGGAGCUGUGAACAGUGACAAUGAUUAUGGAAACAAUGGAAUGGCCAUAUUUCUUAAUACAGCUCAGAAGGAAGGUAUCUGUGUGGAGUACUCUGUGAAAUUCUACAGAACAGAGCCUGAAAAACUCAAAAAAGUGGUAGACACAAUAAAAAAAGGUACCGUAAAAGUGAUUGUUGCAUUCAUUUCAUUUCUUGAGAUGGGUUUAUUAACUGAACAGCUAAGUAUUCAGAACAUAACGGGCCUCCAAAUGGUCGGUGUGGAGGCAUGGAUAACUUCAAAGUCUUUGAUCACUCCAACAACCUUUCGUGUGCUGGGAGGCUCACUGGGGUUUGCAAUGAGAAAAAUCAAUAUUGAAGGUUUUGCCGAUUAUGUUAUAAAAGCAUUCUGGGACACAGCUUUUCCAUGCUCACAUGGUCAAGGGAAUGAUUCUCAGAUCAAAGUAAAUUGCAGCAGCUAUCAGGAUCUGCUUGUGCUGAAAAAUUACAAUGAAGAUGUGCCUGAACACAGAUUUUCAAGCAACGCCUACAAAGCAGUUUAUGCUGUGGCUCAUUCACUACACAGUCUACUCAAGUGCAAAACACAAGAAGGCUGUGAGAACGGCCUGAAAAUACAACCACAGCAGGUGGUUGAGGCUCUGAAAAAGGUAAAUUUCACUGUAAAGUUUGGAGAUCAUGUGUGGUUUGACAGCACUGGUGCCACAGUAGCCCAAUAUGAAGUUGUGAACUGGCAGCAGGAUUUUGAUGGAUCAGUCCGAUUUAAACCAGUGGGAUACUAUGAUGCCUCACUGCCUCCUGACCAGCGCUUUGUGGUUAAAACUGAAAACAUACUUUGGGCUGGAGGACAGCUGGAGAAGCCAAGGUCUGUGUGCAGUGAGAGCUGUCCUCCAGGCACUAGGAAGGCUGCACAGAAAGGAAGACCUGUCUGCUGUUAUGACUGUAUUCCAUGUGCAGAAGGAGAAAUCAGUAAUGAGACAGAUUCAAAUAACUGCAGGCAGUGUCCAGGGGAAUACUGGUCUAAUGCUGAGAAAGAUAAAUGUGUGUUAAAGACUUUAGAGUUCCUCUCAUUCACAGAAGUUAUGGGUAUAGUGCUAGUCUUUUUUUCACUGUUUGGAGCAGGAUUAACUCUGCUGGUGGCCAUCGUGUUUUACAGCAAGAAGGACACCCCCAUAGUAAAAGCCAACAACUCAGAGCUGAGCUUCCUGCUGCUCUUCUCAUUCUUUGGCUUACAAUAUCUCCUCCAUUUCCCUCCAAAAAUAUGA